UGGAUGCUCAUUGAUAAUCCUGCAUGUUAGGUGAUGUGAUACAAAUGGUUGAUUUCAAGUAAAGUGACGAAUACUGUUAUUUUAUCUUCGUAUUAAUAAUCAAUUUAUGAUAUUAUUUUAAAAAGAAAAGUAUACAAUUAUUUGAGAUGAGUGUAAUAUCUAGACAGAUGCCAAGUGUUAAAGAUGAAUCUGAAGCAGAAGGAGAAGAAAUGUCUCAUGAUAGCAAUGAAAGUAAUCAAAGUUCUGCAUCAUGUGAUAGUAGUGCAGAACACAGUGAUAGUGAUGAUUCUUCAGAAAUGGAUGAAGAUGAAUGUGAAAGACGACGUAAUGAAUGUAUGGAAAACUUAGUAGAUUUAGAAAGACAGUUUACACUUCUCAAAGAGCAGCUUUAUCGUGAAAGAAUUACUCAAGUAGACACAAAAUUAGGUGAGGUUCGAGUUGGAAAAUCUGAAGAAUAUUUAAUACCAUUGGAACGAUUAAAAGAAAAUAUGAAAACCAAAACAGAAGUAGCUGGGAUAUUAAAACAAUAUAGAUUACAAAAUAUACAGAAUAAAUUUUUAGCAGAAGAACAAGCUGCAUUGCAAAAUUUUGAAAGUGAAAAAGAAUUAAUUUGGGAUUGCAUUCAUAAUGAUUUACAAGAAAAAAUUCGUAGAUUAGAAGAAGAUAGAAAUAAUGUUGACAUACAUGCAGAUUUAUGGUUAAAUUCUAAUGGUAGAAGACGUAGGAAUCACACUGAAAGAAGAAGAGCUGUUUCUGUUGCUGGACCUUAUAUUGUUUACAUGCUUAAUGAUGCAGAUAUUCUUGAAGAUUGGGCAUUGAUAAAGAAAAGUUUAAGCAGUCGAAAAACUGAAAUAAUAUAAUGAUACAUCCAUUUAAAUACAAAUCCAUUUUUAAAAAUACAACAAUCUUAAUGAUGUUAAUGUAUUGCUCUUUUAUAGAUAUAAGAUGUA